AUGGAGAGGGCAAGGAGGUGCCUGGCACGAAACGGAGGGCUCGACGAGGUGGGUGUGCUGCAGGCGUCCAGGCUGCAGGAGGAGCUCACGCGGUGGGAGGUGCGACGUGCGAGCGAGGCCGUGGCAGCCGCCAAGAAGAACGCCCGGCUGCGCCUCAAGCGCGAGCAGAAGGCAGCCCAACGGCGGGAAGAGCUGCGGCAGGCCUACCGGCGCGAGUACGACCGAGGCGCCGUGUACCUGCCGCCCGUGCUCGAGCCACCCAAGCCUCCCGCACCAACGGAGCAGGAGGUGGGCGAGGAGUGGCGAGCGGCCCGUGAGGAAGUCGCAGGCCUGCUGCCCGCCGACUGGGGCUCGGACCACGCCGACCGAGUGCAGUGGUGCCUCGGCUGGCUCGCCCACACCGACAAGCGACGACGCAUGAGCGCGCUCCACAGCCUGCACACAUUCCUAUCGCCCGCGGUCGAUGCCGAGUUCGGCGUCGAGCUGUGCGUGGAGGAGCGGCUGCUGGCGGUGAUGGUGGCCGGGUUGGUGCUUCUGUGGUCCAAGGAGAGCUGCGCGAUCGUGCGCGAGAAGCUGCUGGACGUGCUCGCCCGACACACGCUAGUCGGCGGCACCGACGACGACGAUGGCGACGACAGUCAGGUCGAGCCAGAGAGAGUGGGAGGGCACCACGACGUGGUGAACUCUGAUGACCUUCGUGCGGCGGCUGUGGAUGUGCUGGGCGUGAUGCAUUUCCUGCACUAUUACGGCACUGACCCGGCGGAGGGAGCCGGCGGUGAUGGUGACGAUGAAGACCCCGUGAUCGAGUUGAUCGACACCACCUUCACGCGGCUGUGCGCCGACGACCGCACUCCGGCCAUCGUGCGCGCCACGGCCCUGUCCGUCAUUGGUCUGCUCGGCACCCUGCUCCCUGCUCCUUACCUGGCGUCCUGGCUCGACACGAACGUGGAGCUCGUGCUGGGCUUCUUGUGCCACGACGACAUCUCGAUGCGGUUGGCCGGCGCCGACGCCUUGCUCGUCCUCCUCGCCGCCAUCCACGACGACCUUACUUUCGUCGUCGACGACGCCGACGCCGACGACGACGAGGCCGGCGUCGAGGCCGAGCUGCUGUCGGCAGUGCCCGGGCAGCACGAGCUGUUCCAGCUCCGGAGCCGGCUGGAGGAGAUGGUCAAGGCGAGGGACCGGCGGGCCAGCAAGGCCGACAACAAGUCCCUGCGGUCCCUGGUCGAACGACUUCUACAGCUCUUACACGCGAUCGCCCGGCAAACAGAUCAGCUGAAGGCGCGCAACGCCGACAAGGGCGACGAUGACGAUGAUGAAGAUGAAGAUGACGACGGCAAUGAUGACGAUGAUGAUGAAGACGAUGAAGAGGAGGAGGAAGAGGAGUAUGUAGUCGAACGGGAGUCUCCGCGCUUGCAGGUGACGCUGCGGCUGAUGGGAAGCAACAAGUGGAACCCGGGCGUCCAGCCCGAGCUCGCAGUCUAUUCCGAGCGGCACCGAAAGCAGCUCGAGGCGGUCAUGGCGCUCACCGGGCCGUCCCUGCGGCUGUACCUCCACGGAGGCGCCCUGGCGGAGCUGGUCGCGUGCGUGGUCGACGAGAACGAGCUCGUUGCGCGGGAACCGAAAGGGGCCAACGUGAGCAAGGGCAAGCACCCCUCGGUUGUGUUCGGUGAUUGGGAGGCGCAGACGAAGGUGACCAACCGGAGGAGGAAGUACUCCAUGGUGCAGCGCCUGCCCUACGGAACACAGUGGGCCGCGGGGUUGUCGGCCCAGAUCCCAGCCUCUUCCAGCCCAACCCGAACGUGGGUGUGCCACCGGUGA